CAUAAAAAAUUAUUCAUGAUAAAAUUUAUUGAAUUAUAUUUCAAAAAAUAACAACAAAAAAGGCUUGGCCAAAGAAAUAAUAUAUCAGUAUUGUCAUAAUAAAAAAGAAAUGAAAAAAAGGACAUAGAGUCUAAAAAAUUUGCUAUGUCUACACAUAAAGAAAAUCAUAUGUUUUUACAACAUUGUACGUUAGUAUUUAACGUAUUAUAAUUGAGUGUUAACGAAAAAACUAAUGAAAAAGUAAAAAUAUUAAGACUGAAAUUUAAACUUUAAAAAAAGAAAUAAAAACAAAAAUGAAAACCAUGGGUGAUGUGGUUGCUGAUGUAGCAGAAGAAGAAGGAUGUAUUCACGAAAAUGAUCAGAAUGUAUUUGUUGGUAAAGAACUCAGUCAACGAACUUUUAAAUCAUUAAAAAGAGGUCUAGGAAGAUUAUGGAGAAGGCAUAGAGGCAAUGUUUCUAUCACUGAAUAUGAUCCUUGUUACAAAGUUGCUUAUCUUGGCAAUGUGCUUACUGGAUGGGCUAAAGGCGAAGACUGCAUUGAAAAACCAGUAUCAACCUUGUGGCGUAAUUACGUGAGCAGUAGUAGACCGGACGUUACGAUGAGAUUGACAAUAACGAAUGGUGGAUUAACUGCUUCGACCAAGGAUCAUGGAUUAACAGAGUAUUGGGCUCAUCGAGUGACCUAUUGUGCUGCUCCGGCAUCUCAUCCACGACUAUUUGUCUGGGUAUAUAGACAUGAAGGACGAAGACUCAAGCCUGAAUUAAGGUGUCAUGCUGCUUUAUGCUCUAAAGAAUCAACAGCAAAAAGACUUGCGUCCAUCUUAAAUACUAGAUUACAUCAAGCACUUGUGGAAUUCCGUCGUGAUAAAGUUUCUCGUCAAAAUGCUAGGCUUUCAUUAGCAAAUGCUGUUUACGAGAAUCCAUCACUUCCACGAAGAAAAAUAUUGCUCAGUACUGGGGGUCAAAAUUAUAGACCUCCUCUCGAAAGAUCAAAAAGUGCUCCAAAAUUAUCUUCAAUUGAGGAAGAUUCUGUAGCUGAAGAAAUAGAACAAAAGCGUUUACUUGAAGAAUUGAGAUCAUUGGAAAAUGUAGCACGCAGCUGGAAAGACCAGGACGGUUGGAGAUUGGCACGAUUAGUCGAUGCUUUAAAUCGUGCUGGUGCUGCUUCAAGUAGUGAUUAUUUAGACGAAAAUGCAAGCAUCUCAAGUGGAUGUGAAACUGCAAGUACUUCAAAUAGUGAAGAAAGAACACUUAUUAGUGAUGAUAAUCACCUAAUGAAUACUGGUUCAAACGAAUUACGAAAUAAUAGUAGACGAGUACUAUUCUCUAAUAGUAUUAUUUUAUCGUCAUCUAAUCCAAAAUUAUCACGUAAUUCAGAAUGUCCAGAUAAUUUCAUUUUAUACAAUGAGAACACAGCAUAUUCUUGCAAACGAAUUGGUCGAUAUACAUCUUCAAAUAGUGAAAAUGAUAAUCUAAUGGAAAAUGAAGAAUCUAAUGCUCAUCAAUCUACAAAUGUAUUUGACUUUGAAGAUAAUCAAAUUUUUCAUGAGAUUGUUGACUAUAGGCCGCAUGGUGAAAGUCCAAUAAGAAUAGAAAAUACAACCGGAAGAAGGAUGGAAGUGAAAGGUGAAAAGUAUCCAUCUUGUGUAGAUCAACUUUUUCAAAAUGAACAUGAAAGAUCCGAGCAAGAAGAUACAGAAGGAGAAAAAAAUGAACAUACAGAAUUACGUUUCAUAACUCUUGAUUCGUUAGAUGAAGAAGAAGCUGAUAGCGACGAAAGUGGAUAUGUUGAAGCACCACCAUCUAAAGUGGUAUUAUUGAAUCAAAGAGAUAAUUCAGAUUUUACUAAUAAAACUCGUUUGAAACCAAAUGAUGAUAUAAGUGAUAGCAUAAAUAAUCAAUCUUGUGAUCAAUAUGAAUUUGAAAAUUUAGCGAGGUUCAAAGAUAGAGAAAAAGUUGAUUUUAUUAAAUGUCCAAUAUCAGAAACAAUAAAAAAACUUGCAAAUGCAUCAUUAAAAAGUUCUAAAUCGUUAGAAAUAUCAACAAGUAAUUGCUUGAAAGCUCUAAAUACUUUUACAAAUUCAAAAUCGUUUGAUAGUAUAGAAACAAUAAAAUGUGAGGAUGAAUCACCAAGUCUUUAUCAACGAAAGCAAUUACUCGCACAACAAGGUGUAACAGUAUGAGUAAUGAAUUUUCAGUGAUCAGAUUUUUAUUAAGUAGAUUACUUAAUUGGCAAUUGACAAUACUUAGUAAUGAAAAAUAAUGUACACAAAAUUAUUUAAUUUAGAAAAGAAAUUACGUGAUACAUGCACGAUAACUAGUCUUUUCAUUAAUUAAGUUUUUUAUUUAGAAAGAUUGUGGAAUAAAACUUGAUAGUUAUAUAAUGCAUGCACAAAUUAUUAUUUUGAUUUUUUAAUUAAAAAAAAAAAGGAAAUAGAAAAAUUAUUUGAAUUUAUAUAGAUAGAAGAUUUGGUGAAUAUUUUUUUCAUGUAAAAAUAAUUAAAAACUUCUGAGAUGUACGUA